AUGACAUGGCAGAUCAACCAGACUGCAGGGAGUGAUUUCAUCCUCCUGAACCUGUUCCAUGGCACCACAGUGCCCUGGGUCCUCUUCACACUCACCAUGUUGGACCUCCUGGUGGCUCUGUUUGGCAACACCAUAAUCAUCAUCCUCAUCUGGGCUGACCCUCUUCUCCACAACCCCAUGUACUUUCUGCUCAGCCAGCUGUCUCUCAUGGAUCUCUUGUACAUCUCCACCUUUGUCCCCAAAAUGGCCCUGGAAUUUCUUUCUGGGGACCAUCACAUCUCCUUCAUUGGGUGUAGCAUUCAGAUGUUCCUUUUCACUACCUUGGUAGGGUCAGAGUGUCUGCUACUAGCUUUCAUGGCUUAUGAUCGUUAUGUGGCCAUCUGUCACCCACUAAGAUAUCCCAUUCUCAUGUGCCCCAGUGUCUGUGUGGCUCUAGUUGUUGUGACCUGGGUGAGUGCACUGCUGAAUGCCUUGAUCCAUGUGGUCUAUACUCUGACUCUCCCUUACUGUGCCUCCAGGGAAAUCCAUCAUUUCUUUUGUGAGAUCCCAGCCCUACUGAAAGUGGCCUGUGCUGACACCUCCCAAUAUGAAAAGGGUGUCUUUGUCAGUGGUGUGAUCUUUUUCCUUCCUCCUAUCUCAGCCAUUCUGAGCUCCUAUGGAAGCAUACUGUCCUCUGUGCUGGGCAUGCGGUCAAGCCAGGCACUCAGAAAAGCCUUGGCUACUUGCUCUUCUCACAUGAUUGUAGUGUCUCUGUUCUAUGGGACUGCCAUCAUUAAGUACAUUCUGCCAAAGUCUGCUCACACCCCUGAGCAGGAGGAGCUGUUGUCUGUCUUCUACACCAUUGUAACACCCAUGAUCAACCCCAUCAUCUACAGUCUGCGAAACAAGGAUGUCAGUAGAGCCUUCAGGAAAGUGCUCAGAAUAUGA